AAGCGUGGUGGACUUCAGUGAGUGCCACCAUGUGUGCCUAAGAUAAUCGUUUCUUACCACUAUUCGAGGAAAAUUUGCGAAUUUCAGUUUUCAGGUUUUUCUUUCUUCGCAGCAUUUGCAGAGUUUAGUGUCAGCCGUGCUAUUCAGAACGAAACGCCAAAAAUCUACCUUAGAACAAAAUAAUAGCAAGAAACUGAGAAUGCUGGGGGACGACUGGACCUCGAGAAUUCUCAUUUUCACGUCUAUCUUGGCCACGGUUGCCCUUGAUCACCCACGUGUUUCUUCUGAACCCGUCAUCUUUACCGAUCAAUGGGCAGUACAUGUUCCCGGUGGAGAUCGCCUGGCGGUUGAAAUUGCAACAAAACAUGGUUUCACAAACCUGGGAAAGAUUUUCGACGAUUAUUAUCACUUCCGACAUAAGAAAGUUUUCAAACGGUCAAUUCAACCAAGUUCUCAUCACCAUUCGUUACUUACUAGUGAAGCGGAGGUUCGAUGGGCUCAGCAACAAGUGGUAAAACGACGAACCAAACGAGAUGGACUUCUUGAAGUGAGCAAUGGUGCCGUCAGCUCAAGGACAGCCCGUUCGAUCAAUUACAAUCUUAACGAUCCUGGAUGGAUUCAUAUGUGGUAUUUGAAUAGAGGAAAUGGUUUUGACAUGAACGUUCAAGAAGCCUGGAAAGCAGGAGUAACUGGUAAAGGCACAGUCGUCACUAUUCUAGACGACGGAUUGGAAAAGGAUCACCCUGACAUUGUCCGAAAUUAUGAUGCAAUGGCCAGCUAUGACGUCAACGAUGGCGAUGAAGAUCCAUCGCCUCGUUAUGAUGCAACCGAUUCAAACCGCCAUGGAACCCGGUGUGCUGGUGAGGUCGCUGCCCAGGGUAACAAUUCAAUCUGUGCUGUCGGAAUCGCAUUCGAUGCCAACAUUGGAGGGGUUAGGAUGCUAGAUGGUGAUGUGACCGAUGCUGUUGAAGCUCGCUCGCUCAGCCACAAUUCGCAGCACAUCGAUAUUUACAGUGCUUCAUGGGGUCCUGAUGAUGAUGGCAAAACAGUAGACGGCCCGGGCGAGUUGGCUACCCGUGCAUUCCUUGAUGGGAUCCGCAGAGGCCGUGGUGGCAAGGGAUCAAUUUUUGUGUGGGCGUCAGGAAAUGGUGGCCGGGAACGUGAUAAUUGCAACUGCGAUGGAUACACUAAUUCGAUCUGGACCUUGAGUAUCAGCAGUGCAACAGAAAACGGAUCGGUGCCCUGGUACUCUGAAGCUUGUUCCAGCACAUUAGCUACGGCAUACAGCAGUGGUGCUAUAGAUGAAAAACAAAUCGUAACGACAGAUUUGCAUCACUCAUGCACACCUAGUCAUACAGGCACGUCAGCUGCAGCGCCACUUGCUGCAGGAAUCUGUGCCUUAGUGUUGGAAGCAAACCGGAACCUGACAUGGCGUGACAUGCAACACAUUGUGGUCCGCACAGCUAAUAGGGGUCACCUAAUGGCUAAUGAUUGGCAGAUUAACGGAGUUGGUCGGAAUGUUAGUCAUUCAUUCGGAUAUGGACUGAUGGAUGCCGGUGCCAUGGUACGAUUAGCCCGCAACUGGACUUCUGUUCCGCCACAACAAUUUUGUGAAAUUAGGGCUCCUGACGUUAAUAAGAUAGUUUCACCCAAAAAUUCCAUUCAGUUGCAGCUAUUCGUGCGUGAGUGCGGCAACGUCAAUGUUUUAGAACACGUUCAGGUAUUACUUUCAUUAUCUGCAAUGAAUCGAGGAGACAUUGAAAUUUAUCUGUCAUCCCCUUCUGGCACUCGCUCAACGCUUCUUCAACGACGUCCUCUUGACAACUCCCGUAACGGAUUUCACUCGUGGCCGUUCAUGUCUACACAUUUUUGGGGGGAGAAUCCUUUUGGUGAAUGGAUAAUCGAAGUCCAAAAUGAGGGCCGCUUUCCUGCGACGUUGAAUGGGUGGACACUAAUUGCCUACGGAACCAAAGACCCACCAGGAAAUGAAUCACCACCGCCGAAAAUAUUGAGUGCUCCAUUGAAGUCAACGACAUCUAAACUCGUACUGAAAGACGAUCACCCGGAAAAGUCCCACAGUCUAUCGUUCCAGGUUAAUGCAGAGAAGAACAGAGAAGCAGAAUUGCUUCAAGCUCUUCCGUUGAAGACUACUAGCAGUUUUGACGUUCCAGUUUGUGAAGCAGGUUUUUACAUGUGGGAAGACAAAUGUAUGGCUGUCUGUCCGAAUGCAUCACAUCCGAUAAACCAUACAGGACUUAACGGUUUUCUCAGCGGUAUCUGUGCUCCAUGCCAUUAUUCCUGUCUAUAUUGCAGUGGGCCAAGUGAUUCCCAGUGCACGUCGUGCUACCCAGACUCGCAGCUCAAAUCCAUCUCAGUACCGGGUUCGCUAUUAGAACCAGAAUCUCAUUGCUUUCCGAACGAGCUAGUAAAGCAGUUGGCAGGCUACGAGAACUGGUCGACGGGCGUCGAACUAGCAUUGGCAAUCAAUCUGGCACUUGUGAUAGCCCUUCUGUGUUACAUGAUGUGUACGAAAAAGAGCUGCAACACCUCUUACCUUUUAAAGUGCUGUAGCAGAAGCAACGAGACGGAAAAAAAUCAGAGGCAUGGAGAUUACAGUCUGCUGUCAACGGCAAAUAUCAAUGUUCCUCCGCCUAUUAUCGCUGAAACCAUCCGACCUGAUUGUUCGGAUGAGGGUCCAAAAACUGGGUCUGACGCUAAAGUUGUUUAGAAAAGAAUAGCUUUUUAAACAAAGCUUAAUUUUUAUCAAUGAUGAGUUCUAAAGGAAGUUCGCAAAAAGAUCUAUAAAUAUUAAUUUAACGGUUUGUCGAGAUACUUUAAUAAACUAUGCCCUAAA